AUGCCGAGUGGAUACCGUAUCAGUCAGCUGAUGUCCACGAUAUAUGACGGAACGUCGCGGAAUGCCAUAUCCGGUGGGCGAGUGGGGUCCGCGCUGCCCACGUCCGUGACGGACGCGUGGAAACCGCAAAGUCCACGUAAGCUCAAUUACUUAUCAUACUACACCGCAUCUCUAUCUAAGGAAUUGGGAAACUUGGACGAAGGCGACGUUGCCUUUAUAAAGGAGCUGAUUCAUCCACCGGAAGAUAAAUACGAUACGGUGAGGGAUGGUGAAGACGAAGAAAAGAAGAAGAAUUUUUUUCUUUACGAGAUUGUUGCCAAUGAAACCUACGGUGUUGACGUUGAUAAGUGGGAUUACUUUGCUCGAGAUUCCCUGUACCUGGGUGUUAAGAAUAGCUUUGAUCACGACAGGCUGAUAGCGUCUGCCCGAGCAUGCUUGGAUAAAAAUGGUGUGAGUCACGUGACCUACAGAGACAAGGAUGUCGACACUCUUUACGAGAUGUUUCACAUCCGGUUCACGCUCUACCGGAAGGCGUAUCUACACAGAGUGAGCAAGGCGAUCGAGAUGAUGAUUGGCGAUGCGAUGGAUUUCGCAGAGGAUAUCAAGGUAAAGGGCGAUGAUGGGAGACCAAAAAGGAUACACGAAGCUGUAGAUGACAUGAGCGCCUAUAUCAAACUCAAUGAUGAUAUCCUGCAUAAAAUAGCCGAGUCCUCAUCCAAAGCUGCCAGGACCCUCGUGUCAAGAAUUUUCACCAGGGAUAUAUAUACACAUCUCGGCGAGAAGACCAUUACGAAUGACAUGAAGGAGCAGGACGUGGUGAAGGAAAUUCUCGGGACGGAGAAUGAGGAAAAGGAACUGCAGAAGAACUUGGGAGUUGAUAUUGCCUCGUACGAUUAUGGCAAUAAGGAUAAAAACCCUGUACUCAAUGCCUACUUCUACACCAAAAAUGACAAGACUGCCAAAAAGCUGGAAGAGAGAGCUUUAGGUCGCCGAAUGAUGGUUCCAAUGCAGUUUAAUGAAAAAGUCGCAAGGAUGUUUUGCAAAGAUCCUAAAUACGAGGAAACUCUGAAAGAAAAGACCAAAGUGUGGUGUAAUAUAAAAAAACUUGCCGAGCAACAAAGCAACAAAUGCGUAGAGGACAACUCCGCGUUCCUGAUAAUACAGUAAACGCAAUGUGAAUUUCAAAUUGUUUAUAAGAAACAAUUCAUAUUUAUAUAGAAGGUAACUUGUGUAAUCUAUUCAUGACUAAGUGGUCAUUGAUAAAUUUACUAUUUUUGUGCUAUUUAUGUUUUGAUUAUUCUUUAAUUUCUUUGAGUCUGUGAUAUUUAGAUAUGAGUUUAAAGUUUGUGUGUUGUAUGUCUAUCACCUUUGCCUGUCAUGGUGUGAUUAAUUACAAUCGUGUAAUUUACUUAUAAACUCCAGAUAUAUUUGUAUAAUCUAACAUUAGCCACUUUUAUAUAAUAUUAAUAUUUUUAAUCUUCCGUAUAAAUAAUUGGAUGCUUGAUUAUGUGUAUACUUAUGAUUUUUUAAAUGUAAUGUCAAAUACUUUUAUACUAACUGCUAUAUAUUAACGGUAUUCGAUAUUUUGUUUACAAUUUUGUACGUACGACUUAUCUAUCAUGUAAUAGGAGUAGGAUAAUUCUGUAGGUAUGUUUCCAAUGCAUUCGUUCCAUACUGUCUUGUUGAUGAUGCGAAAAUAAGGCCAAAAGUAUGGCAAAUUUAAAGAAAUCCAGCUACAACGUAUAUCUGAUUAUUUAAACGGAGUACAAAGCAUUUUAAAGUAAUCCUCUACAAAAUUUCAUUUUAUGAGCUGUUCAAAAUUUAAUUUUUGUUAUUUUGCGAAUACUUCAAAAAGGUAUGCUAUAAAUUUAAUUUGAACUACUUAAAUACCUAUGAUAUAGACUUAAAUGGUCUUUUAUUUGAAAAGUGUUAUGUCUACUUCUAACACAAUACGUUGUUUUUCACUUUAAGCCAUUGUAAAAUUGUGCCUAAUAUUGGAUAAAUAAAUAUAUAACCUCUAUAACCUUCCGGUCUUUUGAGUGGUUAAGAAUUCGAACUUUAACCCCAACUGCAAUUGUUAUUGACGUCAUCAAUAAUCGAAUGACGCCACAUCAGCGGGUCCCGGCCAUCACAUGUAUAAUUGCCUAAGUGAAAUAAGACAUAGCCACGUUUCCCUUUUAUUCAAGCCGAUAUUAUUGUGGUAGAAACAGGUAACACGACUCGUGAUUUUCGGAUAUGGAAUUUAUUUUCACACUCAUAAGUUAUUUAUUAAAGGUUACAAAAGGCACUAGCUAAAUUCUGUGUCUUUUGAAACUUCAAAAAAAUAAUUUACUGGAGUGAAAUAAAUUCCAUAUCCAACAACCACUCGUUAUGUAACCUCUGUAUAUUCCAGUUCUAUAAAUCCAUCAUAUAUAUACAUGUAUAUUGAUUUGCUAACAAAUAUAUAUCUACAGUUAAAAAUAUUUGUAUGAGAAGGCAUUACAUUGGAGGCAGAUGUGAUAAUAUCAUCGGGUAUGUCACAGAAAAAAGUCUUUAAUCGGGUAAUAGUGAUCUCAAUUUAUUGUUUAAGAAGGUGUUGGAAUCAGUUAUAUUAUUAAUUAAUAAUAAUAAUAAUAAUAUCUUUUAUUUAUCCAGGGUUACAUAUUUAGACAAUGUCUAGUUUACAACAUGGCCCUGCAUCCUAUAUAUGUACAAACAUAAUACAAUUUAAGAUAACAAUAUACUAAUGUAAGCAAAUAUAUUAUUCAGAUGUAUUGAUUGAUUUACAUGUUUGGAAUAUUUCGCUAUGAGGUAAACCCAACAGUGGCAUUGAAUGAAUUUGACAAUCAUACACCUGUAUCAUCUACCAAUAAAUUAACUCAAUGGAAACAACA